GGAUUUGGAUUCCAUGCAGUCAUGCAGUUGCAGAAGAUCUGAUCGUUCAAUUAAGAUAAGAAUGUUCGGACUUAAAAUAAUAUUAAUUGGAUGACCAGAUCUUCUCUGACUGACAGCAGACGUGUAUGCCAUCCGGAUUCGAAACAAAACAUAUGUAACUACUAGUCUUCAUAUUGUGACACGCGCUCUAUUCUAGAACCAAUCAAACCCAUGCAAAUUUUCUUUGUUUCAUACACAAAGAAACCAAACCAACGUAUUAAUUACAUUUCAAUUUGCAAACAAACAAAAAAACAGUAUUUUCUUCAUUUGCAUUUGAGUUAAUGAAUGAAUGAAUAGUACUUUUCAUAGAAAAGGCAAAUACAUGACAUACAUAGAUUGAUACACAGAAACAGAACAGAUACUAUAACAUAAGAGUGAAUUAUCUUUAUGUUUUUCCGCUGAUUUCGGUGCUUUGUUUUUGUGAGCCAGACUCAUUAAAAUUCCAACAUCAUAAUCUCUCCGCAAUUUCAGGAAAAACAAAAAGUGACAGACAGAAACAAAGCUUUCUGCUAUUGUUCGUGUUGUGCGGUGCAUUACAGUAUCAAACAAACCAAACCCAUUUUCACAUUCAUUCUUAAACAGUUGAAGGUGUUGUCUUUCUUUCAUCAGAGUUGAUGAGGCAACAUUCAUGGGUUGUGUGUUUGUGAAGCAAGGGGUGUCUGUGACACCUGCCAUUGACCACUCAGUUGACUCAGAGAGGAAUAACAGUAUAAAGAAGAAGAAUAAGAAGAGUAAUGAGUCGUUUGGAGUUAGUUGGAGUGAGGUAGGUGAGUCAGGGAGAACCAGUUUGAAUGGUGAAACUGGGUCUUUGAGUUUCAGGUUAGGGAAUCUCAGUAAGUAUGUUGAAGGAGAACAAGCUGCCGCCGGUUGGCCGGCUUGGAUCACCUCCGUUGCCGCCGAAGCUAUUCAUGGUUGGGUUCCUCUCCGUUCUGAUGCAUUUGAAAAACUUGACAAGAUUGGGCAGGGAACAUAUAGCAGUGUUUUCCGAGCGAAGGAGAUUGAGACGGGGAAGAUAGUGGCUUUAAAGAAGGUGAGAUUUGACAAUUUUGAGCCAGAAAGUGUGAGGUUUAUGGCACGAGAAAUAUUGAUUCUUAGAAGGCUUGAUCAUCCCAAUAUCAUUAAACUGGAAGGCUUGAUUACUUCAAGAUUGUCUUGUAGCAUCUACCUUGUAUUUGAGUACAUGGAGCAUGAUGUUACAGGGCUCUUGUCAAAACCAGAAAUCAACUUUACUGAAGCACAGAUCAAAUGCUACAUGAAACAGUUGUUAUCUGGUCUUGAGCACUGUCACUCAAGGGGUGUAAUGCACCGGGACAUUAAAGGGUCAAAUCUUUUGGUGAAUAAUGAAGGGAUAUUAAAGGUAGCAGAUUUUGGAUUGGCGAAUUUCUGUAGUUACGGGAACAAGCAGCCACUAACUAGUCGCGUUGUCACAUUAUGGUACCGUCCUCCAGAACUUUUGCUUGGUUCAACAGAUUAUGGUCCAUCUGUGGAUAUUUGGAGUGUUGGUUGUGUCUUUGCAGAGUUACUAGUUGGGAAGCCUAUACUUAAGGGAAGAACAGAGGUUGAACAAUUGCACAAAAUUUUCAAGCUUUGUGGCUCUCCGCCAGACGAAUACUGGAAAAAGACCAGACUUCCUCAUGCAACUUUGUUCAAGCCACAACAACCAUAUGAUAGUUGCCUAAGAGAAACAUUUAAAGAUUUUCCUGCAACCAGUGUAAAUUUGUUACAAACACUUCUUUCUGUUGAACCAAACAAACGCGGAACUGCUUCAUCUGCUCUCUCGUCGGAGUAUUUCAAAACAAAACCUUAUGCAUGUGACCCAUCAAGCUUACCAGUAUACCCACCUAGCAAAGAGAUCGAUGCAAAACACGAGGAGGAGACAAAAAGGAAAAAGAUUGCUGGGAGAGUUGGUGGACCUGAAUCAAGAAGAACAUCAAGAAAGCCAGCAAGACCGAAUAAAUUACCCCUUGCACCGGAUUUGAAAAGUCAAAUUCAAACUACACAAAAAAUAGAUGUUAAAGAAGAGAACACUAACAUAUGUGAUGAGGCAUCAAAGCCAUCCAAUGGUAAAGCAGAAGAUGAUUCUCAUAUGAAGAAUGCAUCUCAAGCAGAUGUUCCCUUUCAUGGACCAUUACAAGUUUCAAAAUCAAGUGGAUUUGCAUGGGCAAAAAGGCGUAAAGAUGACACUACUUCAAUUAGAUCCCACACUCGAUCUAUUUCUAAAGGACAUAUAUUUAAUUCAUUAGAAACUUCUACAAUAAAUUCAAGGGAAGUUUCUGAUGAUAAUAGAAACAAUGAAAAUAAGGAAGUUUUUGGGGAACGCACCAGCUCAAGAGGCCGUGAUCUAUUUGAAAUUUCUAAGCUAGUAAUGCAAAAUCAAUGGAGUAAGUUUGACCGCCCGGAUUCCUUUGAUACUUCUGAAGAGUACCACUCACAAGAACUGUCUAUGAUGGUUUAUCAUAGAGAAGAUUCACUGUCCAGGAGAAGUAACAGGAGUUAUCAGGAUCAAGGAGAGAAAGUUGAAUUUUCAGGGCCUCUAAUAUCUCAAAUGCAUACAGUUGAUGAGCUCUUAGAAAGACAUGAGCGCCACAUUCGGCAUACAGUCCGAAGAUCAUGGUUUCAGAGAGGUAAAAAGCGUGGGAAUUAAAGUAACAACAAAUCUAAUAUUUUAUUCGUAUGGCAUUACGGAAGGAUAUAGAUGAUAGGUCCCUCGAUAUGGAGUCAAAAUGUCCUUGCAAAAGCGCAACCUCCACCGCCCCAAGCUCAAUGCUGUGACUGUGAAGAACAAAGGAACAUCAGGAUGUACAGUGUAUACAGCAGCAUGAGUUGUUACCUAAGAGCUUUAAACACCAAUUUGAGCAUAGCUUUCAUUUUUCACAGUUCUUUUAAACUUCAAAGGAAUCAGAUAUAGUAAUUUUUCAAUCAAGGAGAGUUAGCAUAUACUACUUAGCAGAAGCACAAUUUUGAUGUAUUCCACUUCCACAUUCCUCAAAUUUUUAUGCUUUUUCAAAAUCUUACAGUUCA